CCGCCCCUUUUUACAUUUCCAUGUACUUGUUCAGAGUGUAGAGGGCGCCCUACAAAACAGGAGUACAUUUAAAUGUGCCGGGGGAAGGAGUGUUAUGAGCGAACAAUAAAUCACCCUUGAGAACAAGGUUUGGAUGCCCACAGAGGAGGCGUCAGUUUGCAUUAGGGGAGCGAACAAUCGACAAUCUCUGGGUACAGUGUGCUGUACUGCACAAAACAAACAAUUAGCUGUAAACAGUACAUAAUUAGCAGUAAAACAUUACAUCAUGACAUAGUAUUCUUGUAGCACAGUGUACAUCAGCCCUACCCCAUUCACCAGACGAAAGCAAAUUUAAAAGACCACAAGUAUGUUUUCUGUGUUAGUUACUGGGGCCAACAGGGGCCUUGGACUUACGUUUGUUCGGCAAUUGCUCAACUUGGCCAAACCACCGGAACACGUUUUCGCGUGUUGUCGAUCGCCUGAAAAUGCGGCGGAUUUGCAAACUAUCGCCAGCAACAACCCGGCAGUAAAAGUUCUUAAGCUAGAUGUGGCAAAUAAACUGACCUACAAAGACACAGUGCACGAUGUGGAACAAAUCGUCGGGGAUCAGGGAUUGAAUCUUCUGAUUAACAACGCUGGGAUUAUAUCCAGGGGUAACGUUGAGAAUGCAUCAACUGAAGACAUGGAGAGAUUGUAUCAAGUGAAUGUCGUGGGAACAUUGGGGGUGACUCAGGCAUUCCUGCCCAUCUUGAGGCGCGCUGCAUCUUUCACCAACAGUGAUGAUGAAACAAUGAGUAUUGAGAAAUCCGCCAUUGUUAAUAUCUCUUCAAUCAUGGGCUCUAUCACGUUAAAUAACUCCAGCUCGGCUGUGGCAUACAGAACAUCCAAGGCGGCUCUUAAUAUGCUGACCAACUGCAUGUCGAUUGAGUUUGCUUCGUAUGGCGUCCUCGCUGUUGCCAUGCAUCCUGGAUGGGUUCAGACAGACAUGGGAGGUGUAGACAAGGCCCCUGUUACUCCACAUGAGAGUGUGAGUGGUGUAUUAGCUACACUCGACAAACUGAAAGGACUAGAUGCUUCAGGCAAGUGUUAUGAAUACACUGGUAGAACAUUGCCAUGGUAAGCAAGCACUUCUUAAAAAUCUGUCUUGUUGUACAAGCAGUGAAUGGGAUCUGGCAAGCCUCCUUUGGUUAACUUGUUGCAACUGAAUACUGAGUAUACUGUGCUUACACAUCUGUGUGUAAGCAAAAAAAAAAGGUAACUGUUAAAGGUGCAAUUUGGGUUGAACAUGGUUUAGUAAUUGGGGCUCUACAACCUUAGGUUGAGCUUCAUAUAUACAAGCAUUAUAUCAAUCAGAACAAAAA